UAUUAAGUCAUAUGUAGCUAAAGAAGCAGAAAUGAAACCAAAGUUGAAGAAACGAAACGAAAGCGACUGGCAGGUUCCACCAACAAGGCGGGAUUUAAAAAGGCAAAGAAAGUUCGAUAUCUACGACGAGAUUUGUCUACAGGAAGAUGCUUGUUAUGAUAUGUUUGCCGACACGGGACUAUUGUCUGACCCCGAGAACGAGUUGGACCGUCCACUUGCAGACGGGGCUGGGGAAACUGGUGUUUUCUACUAAGACACCGGCAAAAAUGGUUGUAGAGAAAAUCAAGCGCAGCCAGUCGAUGUGGAGCAUGUCGGCUGCUUCAAAAUAUUCGGUGCACCGGCAGAGCGUUCCUGUCAGAUCUUUAUCGGUUGUGUCCGAGUCGAAUUGGAGUCUGUCCGAAACAUCUACAAGUCCUAGAAGUGUUAUCAGCCGAUUCCGGAAACGCUCGCGUUCCAAACAUUUAGAAGGGAUACGUUAUUCGAGUGGACCCUGUUUGUGCGGGGAUGUUGAUGCGGUUGAUUCUAAAAAUAGAUCAUUGCUCUUCUACUCGGCGCGAUACGGACAGCUUGACCCCGCUGUACAGUUAGUUGAGGCCGGAUGUAGCCCGAAUCAGAAAGAUAUUCUUGGUAACACGCCAUUACACGAAGCUAUUGAGAAAUGUCACCUUGACAUUGCUGAGGUUUUUCUCAAGGAUGGUAAAGCAGACGUCAAUAUCUGUGGUUUUAAUGGAGAGACGCCACUGAUGGCAGCUGUGACACGUGGUCAACUAGACGCUGUUAAACUACUAGUAAAAUAUGGAGCUGACGUUAAUUUACCGGACGCUGUGGGAAAUCCGCCAAUCUAUAGAGCGCUGCAAAGGGGCUGGAAUGAAAUUGCAGACAUUUUAUUGGACCUUCAUUGUGACGUCAAUAAAACAACAUCCAAUGGCAUGACGUGCUUCUUUGCGGCUGCGCAUUGCAAUAAAAUUCAUAUUGGAAAUAUUGCUCGACGCCUUUUAAAAACAGAUUAUGAUUUUAAAAUGGACGCUGAGUGGCUAGCAACGGAGGGAUGUCCAGUCUCUAAAACUGACGAUUCCAAACAUCACAACAAAAUUAUGGCAAGAGCUGGCCUUGCAGCACCAAAGAAAGGAUCAUUAUUAAGUAGCGGGAAAAGAAAAAUCGUGAAAACAUUCAGAAGUUUGUCAAAAGAUUCUCGAUAACGGAUGUAACACAAUUAAUUAGGAUGUCAAAAAGUCCCGGAAGUGCCCUUUAUAUUGUUUAUAUGUUGCAGACGAGAAAAUUUUAACCGGAUGUUAUGAAACGACGCUUUACAUGCUCUUCAUUCGGCUACAUUAUGUGCUUCCGGUUAGUUAACUGUCUCAGAUAAUGGCAUAAUUAAGAACAAUUUAAUUCGUUGCAAAACAGAAAGUGUAUUAUGAAUAUAAACCGGAUGUAGUGUAUUGUGAAUAUAAACCGGAUGUUUUAAACGAGAGACGCUCACGUGCUCUGUUCUGGUUACAUAUCACAUGUUUCCGGUCAACUUACUGCGCUUAAUUCUAUGGAAAUACACUUAUCUUGAUCUUCAAUCCUGCAAACUUACAAGAUGGAUGAAUGACGUCAUUAAAGUGCUUGAAGUGUUUAAAAAAUAUUACAACAUGGUUAGAGACAGCGUUUGACGGAUGAUCUUUAUGUACCUUUUUAAUAUGACCUUGACCAUGAAAAGGUGAGGCAAUGUGAUUAGUUGAAUAUGUACAUGUUAUAGUUACGAGUAUGAUAAUACACAUGCCUUGUAAACAAAACAAAACAUGGAAAACUCGUGCAAUGAGCAAGUGGGAGGAUUUCAAUUAUUUGAUGUAAUACAAAUCUUUUGUCUAGAUUUACAUUUGUAAGCAAAUUCAAUAUUCGCUUGAAGAACAAUCUUCCAUAGAUGUAGUGCUACGUUUUUCGGCCGAUGACUCUUUGUUUCCUUCAUGUUUUCCGGUAAAUUUACGGAAUAUUUGCCAUCCUUUUCUCGGUAAUUUCCCGACAAGUACCUAGCAAAGAUUGAACCACAUAUUGUCUUUUGUAAAGAUAAUGAUUGUUUGUUGUUUAUUUUUUGUUAUUCAUGUUUUUGAUACAAAAAGUAAUAAACCAGUUGAGCAUUUUAUAUGAAACAUGUCUUUCUAUAUAAAUCUGACUUUUAUCAAGUAACUGAUGCCUACCGAAAAGUAAGAAUAUACUAAUACAAACCACGGAACAUGUUUACCUACCAGUACUUUGUCUGUGGGCAGAUUUAGCAUUCCUAGAGCAUCCUCGUGUUCUUAUUAGACCCAUCUCCUUUGACAUUUUUAUGCUGGUUUGGAUUCAUACGCAUUUAGCUCAAAACUACGUUGUAUAUUGAAAAAAAAUGUAAGGUCUGAUAUUUAUGUAAAAUAUUUCAAAGACCUUGAAAAUGUAAGUGUUUCAGGAUAAAAUAGGUCGGCGCAAUUUUUCAUAAUAACAUUUCUUUUGUUUUCAUCAAUACAAAAUGUAUUUGAUUUAUACAGAUUUCAUUUUAGUUCGAAUGUGUAGAAAGUUUUCGCUUAUAGACACACUUUCGAAUCCAUUCCUGGAACCAACCAGUACUAAGCAAUGAGUGUAAAGCCUCUUGCUCAAGGAACCAACGGCUUGCCACUGACAAGGUUCGAACCCGCGCGGAUAGCUCCCCUUAGAUAACUAGUCCCACGCGUUAACCAUUAGGCCAUGCCGCCACUUAGAUUUCAAUUUCAGUAUUUCAAAAUAUGCUUUUUAUAGAGAUGUUUACUUUAAUUUAUUGAAACAAGCAGCAUUCCCAGGGCAAGUGCGAGAUGGGGGGCUCAAAUUUUCGACUGAUAUGCAUAUCUUGUUAAAACUACUCGUAAUUGGUAAUUGUAAGUCGCUUAAUAGACAUCUCUUGUCUUACGUGAUGCUCUGUUUAAAUUAAUUCGUACUUAAGUAAAUGGUUUUUCAAAUUCAGAUUACGCCCCACUUUUGAUCACAACAACCUAAGUAAGUCUCGGGAAUGUUUUAAAUGUCGGUCUGACAUCAAGAUACACAAACAUUUUGAUCAGUACAAAAUGAAAAUUAGGCUUCUGUGAUCACAAGGUUGUCAUGCAACGUUAUGACGUAAGUUCAAGGUCGAAAUUGAUAAAUCAUAAGAGUUAACUGCAUACUUAUCAAUGUUUAAAAAAUAUAUAGAGGAUAUACAAGUUUCUUCUAUAAAUACAGGAUUUAUUUUCAUCGAGUGGUAUGAAAAUAAAUAUAAUGAUAAUUUUCAUACCUUGUUCCAUUAUGUCUGUUCCGUUUUGUGUCCUGUCUGACCCAUUCGUUGUCUUGUAUCUGCCAGGUGGCGUCUUUUUCUGUAUGCUCCGUUAUGUAUUUCCCGUAAAGUCUUUUGUAUUGAAUUCUGGUCCGUUUAGUCUGUAUCUGUAUGUUAAACCGUUUUAACUGUCUUUGUUUUUAUGUUCUAUUCGUUCUAUGUUCUGGUUUUGUCAUUCUUUUAGUGGAGCAGCAAAGGAUCGAACUCACGACCCCUUGAUUGGUAGACAGACAGUUUUACCACUGCAUCAUAGCGCCCGCUCUGAAUAAUAACUGUUUUUGAAAGUCCUAUAUACAUUAUUAUGCAAUUAAAUUUUAACACCUUUACGGAUAGCCAACCCACGUGACUUUUUAUAUCUCGUCAAAGAGAAUAUUACUCUAUUUAAGUUAUAAUUUAUAGAUAACUUUGCCGUUACUUUAACAUAUCCUGGAAAUUUAGUAGAGGGUACCCCGCAUUCUUAGGUAUAUCAGAUUGUGUGAUAAUCUUCGUGUAGAAUUUUCCUGAAACCGAGACUGAAUUCCAAAAUGUUCAAUAGCUACUAUAGUAUCACAAGCAUACGUUUUUCCCGAAUUCAAACAUUUAAAGCAAAUAAACGGACAAUGAUGCAUAAUGAAACGUUUUAAGUUCCAUGAGAAACUUAUCUUUAAUUUGAUGAUAAAAGAAAGUGAUAUGCUUGUUGACAAUGCAAUGUAGAUCAAAGCGCUGAAAGCACUGAAUGUGACGGCGUAACAUUAGGCUAUUGUAACACAAGUUAAACAAAUAAAAUAAUGCAACAUGUCAUUGCGUCAUAUGUGAUUAGUGUUUUGUAUAUCUCUACAGUUAUGAAAUUUAAAGCCCCCCUGAAGGUGGUAUAUUUUAUGUUGUUACGUUAGA